CUUCAUUCAAGAUCCGUAGAAAGCUCUGUUUUUUUUUUAAUCAUAUAUCUGAUGAGGUCAACUAAACACAGUUAUGUACACGUUCAAGUCAUUAGCAUGCUCCAAGUUGUUGUUGUAGUCCUGCAUUGUUGUGUUGUCUUAUAUGUGCACUCUAUGUCAAAAACUUAAUUAACAAGCCAUUUACUCUGAGAUAUGCCACCAAAAUUUUGAUUCUCAAUCCAAUCUUACUGCUCCAAUUUCUCAUGUUGUUUUCAGCAGGGUACUUAUGUUCAAUGAGAUUUCAUAGCCUAUUCUUGUUUGCCAUUCUGAUACCAUUUAUCAGUUUUGGAACUAGUACUCAUGAAUCCCAGAACUUCACAAAUAAUUCCAGUGAUUUGAAAGCCUUAAUUGGAUUCUCAAACUGCUUAGAAUCAGCUAUUCCAGGCUGGAGCAGCUCUACUACUUCCCUUGAUUACUGCACUUGGCCUGGUGUCACAUGUGAAGCCUUGCUUGGUGCUGGCACAAGGGUGGUUCGUUUGGAACUCGGAAGCAGAAGACUUGGUGGGGAAAUCUGUGAAUCCUUAGCAGGUUUGGAUCAACUAAGAGUGUUGAAUCUUUCCCAGAAUUUCCUUGGUGGGUUUCUUCCUGAGAAAUUUUUUCAUCUACAAAACUUGGAUGUAGUAGACUUGAGUAGCAAUUACUUUAAUGGAUCUAUAAAUCCAGCUAUCUGUACCUCUUUGGCCAAGGUUGGAGUAUUGAAACUGUCUAAUAACUUCUUUACUGGUGAGAUUCCAGACAAUAUAGGUAAUUGUUCCUCUCUGCAGCAUCUCUUAAUUGAUGGAAAUGAUUUGUCAGGAAACAUUCCUGAGAGUACCUUCCAACUGGUAAAUUUGAGUGUCCUGUACCUGCAGAAUAAUAAGCUAUCUGGGCCACUGAGUAAGGACUUUGGCAUUCUUUCAAACCUUGUUGAAUUGGAUAUCUCCAAUAAUGGAUUCUAUGGAAUUCUUCCUGAAAUGUUUGGAAGCCUCACAAGGCUGAAGAUUUUCUCAGCUGAGUCAAACAGGUUCAUUGGUCAGUUGCCUUCAACACUAGUGAAUUCUCCAUCUUUUCAAGUGCUUACUAUAAACAACAACUCUUUGAGUGGUUCAAUUAAUUUGAAUUGUUCUGUAAUGAAAAAUUUAACCUCCAUUAGUCUUGCUUCUAACCAAUACCAGGGUCCAAUCCCUGGUAGUUUAUCAAAUUGCCUAGGAUUGGAAACCGUUAACCUCGCUCGAAACCGUCUCAAUGGCUCGGUUCCUGUCAACUUCAAGAAUCUUCAGUCCCUAACCCAACUCUCCCUUUCAAAAGCCAGCCUGCAUAAUUUGUCAGCAACACUAGAGGUUUUGAGCCACUGCAGGAACUUAAGCACACUAGUCCUCACGUUGAACUUCCACAAUGAAGAAAUGCCACAAGAUCAGAAUCUAGAAUUCAGCAAUCUCAAGGUUUUUGUUCUAGCUAACAGUCAGAUCAAAGGUUCAUUCCCAAAGUGGUUAAGUGGCUGCAAGAUGUUGCAGUUGCUGGACCUAUCAUGGAAUCAUCUCAGUGGAAGCAUUCCCUCAUGGAUUGGCAGGUUUGAUAAUCUCUAUUACUUGGACUUGUCAAACAACUCUUUCUCGGGAAACAUACCACAGAGCUUGACCAAGGUCUUGAGCCUUCAGCAAAGGAAUUUUUCAUUAGAAGGAACUCUUUCUGCCUUUCCCUUUUACACCAAGGGGAGUGUGAAAGGCUUGAAGUACAAGAAAGUUUCAAGUUUCAGAUCAUCUAUAUUCCUCAGCUAUAAUCAGCUUCAAGGGCCUCUAUGGCCAGGUUUUGGUAACCUGAAAGGCCUACAUGUGAUGGACCUGAAACAUAACAGCCUAUCAGGACCAAUUUCUUACCAGUUAUCAGGAAUGGCAAUGUUGGAGAUUUUGGAUUUGUCUCACAACAAACUCUCAGGGGAAAUACCACUAACAUUAAGAGUGCUAAGUUUCUUAUCCCUAUUUGAUGUGUCUUAUAAUCAGUUGCAUGGUAAAAUCCCAACAGGAGGACAAUUUGACACUUUUCCAUCCACAAGCUUUGAAGGGAACAUGGGUCUCUACCGUUAUGGAACUUCUGGUUCUAUGCCUUCCUUACCAGCUGAGAUGAUUCCUUCUCAGCCUGAUCAUGAUCAGAAGCUGGAAAUCUUUGGUUUUCCAUUUGGAUUUGGUGCUCUGGCUGGUUUUGUUAUAACUGUUGCCAUGUGUUUCAGUUCAGGAUGGAUAUUUUCAUAAAGUCAAAGAAUGAGUGGCGGUCGGUAUCUUUAGAUAUCAGUUGACAUCAGAGCGCGUUAGCAUCUACUUCAAGACAAAAAGUGAACAUAGCUCUUCUUAUAAAUUGUGAUUAAAAUGCAUUCAUGUUGCACUAUAUUGAACAUGUUAACCAAAGUCGCUAGCAUUGUCAAUUUGGCUUUUAUGUACAAGUGGUAGUUGCUUGACUAACUUCUAUGGUCAAAACUCUUGAAUGAUUUCAAGUUAGGAUAUAUAUGGCGAUUAUACUAUAUAUUAACUCUAUAAAUUUAAUUCUUAUAACUAAAAUUACAAUUAUGGAUAAAAACAUGUUUUCCUUUUAUCUAUGCCUAUUGCUGAAUAAGGGAUGAAAAACAAUGGCAAUGUAUCAGUAAUAAAGAGAAUAUUGGAUAAUUUGUAGAGGAUAAUACGUCCAAACACCCAUGCCAUCAACGAAAUAUAUAGUUUUUAUGAUUAGUUAAAUUUAUGAGUCUUUUAUGUAUAGUCACAUACAGAUUCAUAAAUUAGUCAUUUUUUUAAUUUAGUAGAAGAGUAAAUCCUUAGGAUAGCCUCUUGAAAUUGCACUAGUCACCACAUUAGUCUUCCAAACAUAUAUAGUGGUUACCAAUUAAUUAAUCCCCCCAAAAUCUAUAUGCAUGUCUCCUCAUGAUCUCUUCCCAAAGCUUUGUUACCGAAUAAGUCUAUCAAAUAUAUAAAAUGUCAACAUAUUCAUCCUUAUGAAAUACUACUGAAGUACAAAUAUACAAAUAAUAAAUUUGGUGAUGAAUUAGAUGAUAAAUUAAUUUAGAGAUGAAUUUUUCUAGAGACUAAUGUGUGAUGUUUAAGAUUUUUUUGAGAUCAACUUGAGGACCCAAAUUUUUAGAGGGCUAAUAUUUAGGUCAUUUUAAAUUUCAAAUACCUUUGUGAAAAAUAUAUUUUAUAUGUGUAUUAUUUUUACAAAAACAUAGGAAUUUUUAUUAAAUUUUGAACAACUUGAAAAAACCCUCUCAAGAUGGGAGUACAAAUUAAGAUAGAUAACUAAAAAAAUGUUUAAUUAGGCCCAUAAAUUACCCACCCUAUUAUACAUGUUACUGAGUAUAUCCCCACCCAAACAAAGCCAACCCUACCAAUUAAAGGGAUUGUGAGAGAGUUAUACAAGAAUCAUACUGCUAGACGAAGCGAUGGAGUGUCACACCCUAUACGGUGAGAGUCUAGUAGUCGAAAUAUCACUAACUUACCUUUUGGCAUGAGUAGCAUGGACAUGUGGAAUCUCAUGUGAAUUAGGGGAUGGGAUUCCAGGAAGAGUCGAGAAACCAGCUAGUUGAUAGUUUGUAGACACCAAACUAAAUUUAUAGUAAAAAUAAUUUAAAUGAUUCUAUAUUUAACCUAAAGCUCAUAAAGUUAUAUAGAUGAAUUUGAGGUUUAAAACAGUUUUUUUUUAUCUUUGACGCGCGUGUAUAAAUAUGUUUAGGACAAAAAUUGACUUUUCUUGGGUUCAAAUUUGUAUUCUCACCCUUAUGAGGAUCUAACUUGCUAAUAUUUAAUAUAUAAA